AUGGCGGCUCUGCCCGGGUGGACCCACAGACCGACCACGCUCGUGGGAACAAUUAUGGAUUGUCUACUCAACACAAAAAUUCAAGCUGUGGCAGACAGCUCUAAAAACGGCCAAAAACAAGAAGAGGCUGAGAAAGGAGAGGGCAAAGACAACGGGAGGUUUACGGCUGCUACCAUCAACCAGCCAAUAGUACAGUGUACCGACAUCUUACAGACGCCGAGGAGCACCAGCCUGAAGGACAAGAGAGGUGCACGAGACAGGUCGGCACUAAGAAUAGGGGACGGCGUAAAGCUAUCGGUCGUCCCAAAAGUGAAAGAUCGAGCCGCACCGAGGCGUAGGAAGCAGGAAGAGGACGACGAUUCGGGGUCCGAGUCGGUGAUCUCCGUUGAUUUGACGCCAUCAGCCAGCAACCGUGCUGACCGGCCUGUGCGGCAGAAGGGAAGGCCACCAACAACGGGAGAGUGCGUGGGCCUUGCAGAGACCCACGAACGCCACAAUGAGGCGAAAAGGAAGUCGUUGGUGCUAGACAGACAGCUCAGGGUAUUCGACGAGUCGCUCCCGGCACCGGGCCCCUGUCAGGCGAGUAAGCGCUUGACGGCGGUGGAGCACUUGUCGCGCGAGGUGCGCUGGUUGCCGUCCAUGGAUUUGUUCGCGGAAAUGUUGAAGAACGCAGACGUUAUUAGGCCAGUGGCGGCCUGCUCCCAAAAGUUAAAAGGGACGAACGUUCGUAUCCUCCAGAUCGCGUCGAACACGAUAGAGGCGUACACGGCCGAGCUGGCGAAACGGCCAGUGUCUAGACUCGCUCAGGCGCGUGCGGACAGGGACGAGGAGAUGGAGUGCCUGAAACGGCAGAUCCGCGAGGCAGGCGAACAGCGCAGGCAGAUGGUCGCUGAGCUGCCUGCGCUGAAGAAGCAGAUGGAGGAGCUGCGGGAGGGGUCCGCGAUACCCGGAACAGUCACCAGCCCCGUAGCAACCGUGCCACGGAGAAGAACGGAAACGAGAAGGAGAUUGUCGUCAUCCUCCUCGGAACGCGAGGACAACAAGAGACGACAACUGAGCGCGGUGGGGGCAGAAGCGCCCACACCAACGACGGGCCCUCGGCGCGAGCCACAUGAGCAGUUGAUAGCGCCGAAACCGACGACAGUCGACCGAGAGAUAGUGGCGGCAGAUAAGCCGACGGAGCAGAAUCAGGAAGCGGGCCUGGAAACAGUGGUGGCCAUCCUGAUUCGAAAAAUGGAAGAGCUCGCCGCCGCGACGGAGGCACAGCGGAAGCCACAGGAGCAGAAGAUAGUGGCGGAACCGACGAAGGUCGAAAGAAGGCCAGUGGUGACCGACAAAGCCACAGAGAAGAGGCAAGAAGCGGGCCUGGAGACGGUGGUGGCCACCCUCAUCCAAAGGGUAGAGGAGCUGGCCGCUGAAGUCAGAGGAGGAAAGGCCGGUAAUGCCCAGGCCGCGGCGGGCAGGGAAGGCCAAGCCAAACAGGCCAAGCCACCAUCGAGGAGGUCUUCGGUGGCGCGUAAGUCCGCGACGCGCCCUGGUCAAGAGGCGGGCCCGGCCAACCCGCCACCCAAACCCGCCCCCACAGGAGAGACGUGGGCGACUGAGGUGGGGCGGAAAGCGAAGCGCGCGGCGAAGAAAGCCCAAGCGGCCGUAAAGAUAGGCCCAGCCAAAGGACCGCAGACCGCGGCGAAGACGGCGAAGAAGAGUGCGGGUGCCGGAACUGCUAAGCCGGCAGCGGCGACAGUGAACAAGCCGAGGGCAGCCACCGGUGGACUCAUCCUUGGCAUCCCUGGGGAGCAGUCAAAGGCAAAGGCAGAGAAGCUCGCAGAGAGAUUGUAG